CAGAGCUGAGGAAUAAAGAGAGGAAGCAGACUGAAGAGAGGAAGGAAGGGAACGAGGCUGAACGAACAAGCCUGAGUCCGACACACACGCACACACACACAAACACACACACUCUCUCCUCCCUCUCAGUGUGGAGCGGCACACUGAGAGAGCGAGGAGGAGCAGGAGGAGGCAGCACUCUGAGGACAAACCAGAGGCUCUGGAGCAGCGGAGGACUGCCGGAGCGGCGGCUGCCUGUCAGACCGGAGUCAGGGCUCACAGACUCCGUCAUCCCCAGGUGCAUCAGAAACCUGCACCUCCUGCUGCUCUCAGAGACACAGCCGAGAGUUUCUGCUGAAACACAGAAGAGUGGAGGAGCUGCAGACCUCAGGCUCACGGUCUGCUGGGUGGCUUUCAUUUCUCUGGACAAACCAUCAGUUUUCCUCUGGAUCAUUUCAGCAGCUGCUGCACAUUUUGGAGUCUCAUCAGCUCAGAGGAAAACUUUGGGAUUAUUUCAGUCUUUAAAAUAAGAAGACAGGUUCAGGACUUUUCUUUUUCAGAGAGGGAAAAGAGAUGAUCAUCAUCACCUGAGGGGGCGAGAAGAAACACCAGCGGAGGAAACAAAGAGCAGAAGAAGUGCCAAUUUGCACAUUUGUGCAAAGGUUUAAUCAUCUGGAAGAAAAGAUUUCAUGAGUUUAGCCUGGCUGGAGGUUUUUCUCAUCGCAGCCGGCUGCAGAGGUUCCUGAGCAUCGACACAACAGUUUAACGGGACAUUUUUGAGCUCGACAGCGAGACGACCACAAGAGCUGCCGACGCCACGAGGAGGUGACGCGAGGACAGUGGAGACACAGAUCUGUGGGACUGAGCGAGUGUGUGUGUGUGUGUGUGUGUGUGUGUUAGUGCAGAUGCCACACAGCGCUGCAGACGAGCCCGGACGCCCGUGUCACGCAGCUCCAAGGCGACUCCUCGGAUUUCUCUCGCUGACUCUGUGAGUGGAAAAUAAAUCAGCAGGUUCUUUCAGGACAAACUGGUCGGUCACUGAGUGUUUGAAAGCGACGCUCUGGACCUGACAUCACAGAAGCUGAAGAGCAUCGCUCUGAAAGGAGGCCAGAGAACACCUGCUUCUUGUUUGAGGACUGAAACAUGCCAGUGACACAGACUUUAUCUCACUUACGAGAGACGAUCUGAAGUUUUAAAUAUUCAACAUUACGAAACUACAAAUCAAGCUUACUGAAACAUUCGGAUGUUUCAGAAUCUGUCUCUAGCUCAAUAUUCAGAGGACGCUUUGAGGAUCGUUUCUGACUGACGGCGCCCUGCAGCAUCCACCGCCAUGCUCCCAGGAGGGCUGGGGUCCGGCGGAGGGGGUCGUGGCGGCGGCGGCCUGUGCCUGCUCCGGUGGCUGGGCCUCAGGCUGUGGUCUCGUCGGGGGACACUGGUCUUCGCUCUGCUCUGGUUCGGGUCCUGGUUGUUCCUGAACGGCCUGGUUCUGGUCCACAGGACCAUCCUGUCUGACUUCUGCACCGACGACAAGAGCAAGAGGAUCCUACAGAGACUGUGUCUGGAGUUCAGCGAGGGCUCGGUGACGGGCGACAUGUGCGAGGACCUGUGCGUGCUCGGCCUGGUCGAGUACAAACGCUGCCUCUACUACGAGAACGGGAAGAAGGUGAUCGAGGCGCGCUGGAGAGGAAGCCCCAUCAUCCUCAAGUCCAAGCUGGAGAACUUCUCCUCCUACGAGCCUCUGGGAAUUCUGGACUACCAGGACGCAGCCGAGGAGCUCUCCCCGCUCGAUGUCGUCUUUUACGCCACUCUGGAGGUACGAAACUCCCUGGGGCUGGCUGAGGAGAACGAGGAUGAAGACAGAGGAGGAGUGAACAACAGCUCCCUGGCCAGACUUUUGGGGAAAAAGCUGAAAAACAGAGAGAUGAGUUACUCAAGAGCGGAGCUGGCCUCGCUCUGGGCCCUGCUGCAGCAGGAGGAGUACACCUUCCUCAGAGUCCUGCAGGACCUCAGCACCCACGUGGCCAAGGUGCUGGGCUCCUGUGGUCACUUCUACGCUGUGGAGUACCUCUCAGCCGGGCACGCCUGGGACCAGAACAUCUUUUCCCUGGAUGACGUGGCCGUUUCUGAGGUUCAGGAUCAGGGUGAAGGCAGAGACCGAGCCAGGUGGACAGCCCGAGAGAUGAUGCACCGCAUCGCGCUGAGCUUCCUGGACAUGGUGUGGCACUUUGACAACGACUUCACCCACAAGCUACACCUCUGCGACAUCAAACCGGAGAACUUUGCCAUCAGGAAGGACCUCACGGUGGUGGCGAUCGACGUGGACAUGGCGUUCUUCGAGCCGAAGAUGAGGGACAUCCUGGAACAGAACUGCAGCAGCGACGACGACUGCAACUUCUUCGACUGCUCGUCCAGGUGUAACCUGAGCAAACGCAGGUGCAGCCCGCGCCGCAGCAACAGCAACCUGCAGGUGAUCUGUGAGAAGAUUUUUAGACCGUGGUUUUCUCCCACACUGCUUGGGGCCAAAGCAGCGCUCCCUCUGCAGGUGGAGCUGCAGCGAGCUCUGCAGGAGUGUUCAGCAACUGAAGGGGGCGUGGAGGAGUCAGAGGAGGAUGGAGGUGGUGGUGGAGGAGGAGGAGGAGGAGGAGGAGGCAGGGAUGUCCAUCAGCGCCUCUUCAGUGUCCUGAAGCGCCUCAUCCAGGAGGGAGGGGCUUCAGAUGAAAGCGGAGAGGUAUGGGAGGGGAAAGGCCACGCCCACACUGCGCUGAACUUUUGAGCUGUAAUGAGAAGGUUGAUGUGGGCGGAGCAUCUCAGAAAACCAGAGAAUGUUUUAAAACUAUCAACGGGUCUCAUGGGCAGAGACCCCAGGUAAGACUGGCCACUCACUGAUGGGAAAAGGCUCACCUACUGACACAUUUUUGGGUCCAGAACCACAGUUUGAGCCACUCCUGUUCUUUGAGUAUAACUUAAAGUGACUCCUUCAGCAGGAUCCAUCUCAAAGAGACACAACAGUGAAACUUUUGGCCUCAGUGUGCAUCAAACUCCUAUCACGAUGAACAGUUUUAGACACACACACAAAAAUCACCGUGUUCUCGCUGCCACGCUCCCAGUGAAGGACGUUUCAUCCUACCCACUUUGUAAAAUUUAAGCAGAACUGAAGGUGGAGUUCAGGAAAGGUCCAACUUUACCUUCAACAAAGAGAACUUUGAUCUAAGAACUGGUUUGCUGUGGAACAACUUGACCUCCAUCCAUCGCCUUUAGCUCGAGCGUCCAGGUGCUCGUUUGGGAACGUCUGAUUGGGUCACAGCGAGUGUGGAAACAUUCAGCGACGCCUCACGUGUCGUCACAGAACCAGGAAUCCAGUGUGGGCGGAUCCAGAUUUAUUAUCCUUUUACGUAACUGGUUAGUCUCAGUGAGAUUUUUCAAAAGAAGCUCUCUCAUUUGAAGAGAAACUGUAGAAAAUAAAUGUGUUUGAAUGAUAAAUGCUGAGAUACAAUGUAACAUGUAUGACUAAUGAUGUUUGAUUCACAGCUGAAUGAACGACUCUCGGCCUCUUUCAAAGGUUUUUAAUGGUUUAUUUGACAUGUUUUUGUCCCGUUGUCGACUGUUUUCAGUUUCAAAGACAGAUACCAAUAAAACAUAUAU